AUGGAACAGCUUCAACAACGAAUCUUCGGAUCGCCCGCGUCGCCCUCUUGGGCUGCUACGCUGCAGGGCUUUGCAGAGUCUAUCUACACCAACCCACUCAACCUCGUCCUUUUGCUCGCUAUUGUCUACAUUGUCAUCCCACUCAUUCGUCCCGCUUUGCCAGAGUCCUCGCGGUGGACACCGUCGAUAGCAGAAGCGCGAUCGCACCUCGCCGCGCCUUCGGAUCGAUACACUUACCUGCCACCCAACCACCCCGACACGGUCGAGUGGACCAAGUACACACCACGCACGCUGGCCGUCUUUGACGGAACUGGAGCCACCAAGCAAGACGGCCCGCGCAUCUUGCUCGCCAUCAACCGCAAAGUAUUCGACGUCACCAAAGGCAAGAACUUCUACGGUCCGGGUGGUCCGUACGGAAACUUUGCCGGCAGGGACGCCAGCAGAGGCAUGGCCAAGCAGAGCUUUGACAUGGAAAUGUUGACGCCUCUGGACAAGCCGAUCGACACGCUUCAAGAUCUCACUGCGAGCGAGGUCAAAAACAUGAAAGAGUGGGAAGCACACUUCACCGGCAAAUACGGCAUUGUCGGCGAGCUCGUCGAUGAGUCCGAGGCGUAA